AUGAGUGAACAAAAUGGUGGUUCGAAUUUUCCUUACGAAAAAGAAGAAUUGAAGCCUGAAGUGAAGGCGGAACUUGCUAAAUAUUAUGCAUCGGAGCCAGAUUUUGUGACUGUCGGACCAAAGAAGUACAUAUUCCUUCGUCCUUACUUGGAAGAUGUGGAGAAUGUGUACCAUAUGCCGCUGCGGCCCAGUGAUGUCUUCGUGGUUACAUACCAACGAUCAGGUACCACGUGGACCCAAGAGUUAGUGUGGCUGCUAGCUAAUGACUUGGACUACGAAACUGCUGCCAAGAUACCAAUUACCGAGAGAUAUCCUUUCCUGGAAUUAUUCAUGUUCUUCAACAAGGAAUGGCAGCAGGAUUUACUCGAAAGAUAUGAGGACAAAGACAAGGCUCUAGACUUGAUAGAGAAAAUAGCUAAACCCGUGUCAGAGAGACUACGACUUGCUCCAUCCCCUCGCUUCAUCAAGUCUCAUCUUCCAAUGUGUCUUUUGCCUCCAAAAAUCCUGGAUACUGCGAAGGUGGUGUACGUGGCUCGAGACCCCAGAGACGUAGCUGUGUCCUGCUAUCACCACUCCAAGUUGUUCAAAGUGUUAGACUUCCCAAGCCCGUUCAAAGAUUUUUGGAACCUGUUUAUAAGAAAUCUGUUCACCGAGACACCAUUUUUCGAGCACGUGAAAGAGGCAUGGGAGAUGAAAGAUCACCCGAACAUGCUGUUCUUAUUCUAUGAGGAACUAAUUAAGGAUUUGCCAGCUGCCAUUCGUCGCGUGGCAGACUUUUUAGGGAAAGAGGUGACACCUGAACAGAUGGCCCGCCUAUGUGACCACCUCAGCUUCGAAAACUUUAAGAAAAACGAAUCUGUUAACUAUGAAGAAUUAAGAGAAUAUGGUGUCCUUUCUUCCGAGGAAAAGUUUAUGAGGAAAGGUAAAGCGGGAGGCUGGCGUUCCUACUUCGACGAGGAGAUGACACAACAAGCUGAGAAAUGGAUCGAGGACAACCUGAAGGACACAGACCUGCGCUUCCCUACUGUUAAUUAA